AUGUAGGAAAUUAGCAAUGCCAUAAUUGAGUUUUUUGAUUUGGUCAUAGAGAAAUACAUAACCCACUUUGCAAAUCCGAAACGAGAAUGGUCAUAUUUUAAAUCAUUAAUAUAAUCCUCCAACAUUGAUUUAAAUAGAAUCCAAACUUAUCUCAAGGUUUUGAAAAAUAGCACUGAAAAACCAACUUACACCAAACCGCUAGAGCUUAUGAAAAGAGAAACAGUCACCAAAUACGUAUCCCCUUUGCGAGAUGAAAACUAUGCCUUAGACAACAAAUUAAAUCAUCGAUUAGAUAAUGGAUAGGUCAACUACUAUUUCAGUCCCCGAUCAGAUAAUGGAACAAUCAACCAAUAUCUCAGUCAACCCAGGUAGGACAACACUGUUAAUUAUCAAUCCUUUAAGAAUAUCACAUAGAAGGUUGUAAAUUUGAUGGAUUCGAAUAAUAUUUAAUUUGCGAUUACCUAAGGAAGACAGCAGAACUUUGAAUGUAGAAGAACCAGUUUAAAUUAUUUGACAUUGCUCGAUAAAUUUCCUAUAAUUGAGAAUUGA